CUGGAGCCCAGCCCAUCCUGCCCUCCUAUAAAACAGCAGCAGUGUGUGCCAGUCUGGAGAUUUGGCUACAGGGGGGCACACACACUCACAGCAGCCAUGGCUCACAGUGAAGGAUACACACUCGCCGCUGCAGGAUCCAUGCUCCAGGUGCUGUGCUGGCGGAGUGUGUGUGUGUUCUGUGUGCUGCUGUAUGUGGCGGUUCUUCCGGACCUUGGGGAUGCGGCUACACAGCGGUGUGGAACCGAGCUAAUCUCUGACCUGGAGUUUGUGUGUGGAGACCGAGGAUUCUAUAGAGGUCGUGGUGGUGGGGGACGGUACGGAGGCCCUCGCUCUAGGGGUAAAGGAAUUGUGGAGCAGUGCUGUGUUAAAGGAUGUAACCUUCAGCAUCUGGAGCAAUACUGUGCCAAGCCCAAGAGGGGGCGCCGUCAGGCACCAACUGCACAGCAAAUCACAGAGAACCUGUUCCAGAAAGUUCUUUUAAAGAGGUAUUACAGUCUCCAGCAUGAUGGUCAGAAGCUGACCAAUAGGCUUGAAGAGCGUGCAGUUUACCAGGAGAAACUCAGAAACUUAUCUUCACAUCAAUCUAACGAGGAACCCCAUGAAUCAGCUCAAGCUAAACUCUGGCACGGAGUGAGAACGUUCACUCCUCACACUCUGAGAUCAUCGCCGUCACUUUAACCCAACGCAGAGACUCAAAUUAAAAGACUUGCACAUCAAAACUUCGCCCUCGACUCACCACACCCCACCCACCUCAGAUGUACUCAAUCUGCCUGGACACGUUACACUGGAUCUAUGAGGCUAAUGUAGUAAUCAAUGUAUUAAUUACCUAAAGCUGCAGUAACCAUCUUCUUUGAUCAUUUUAAAUCAGCCUUUAGUAGCAAUUUGUAAAACAGCACUUUUAGAUUGAUGUUGACGGUACACUUACUGUAAUGGAGGGAGAGCUGUAUCUCGGUCAUUCGCUCUCUGGAAUGGGUCGGAAUGCGACUGUUGCACUUUGAAACUUUGGUGAAGCUGUGUGGUUCCUCUCUCCAGAACUGUGUAAUACUGAAUAACCGGAGUCAUAUUAGUGUAAAAUCCUGUGAUAUUACUCCACUGUCUCAGUUCACAUGCUCCUCCUGCCUCAGAUACGUCUUCUGGAUCCCUCAGCUCUUCGACUAAUGCACAUGCACAGCUGUCCAUGAAGGGGUGCCUGAUUAAAGCCUGAUUUUACAUUUACUGCAGUACAAGUAAGUCUACACCUGUAGAGAGAGCCCAGCAGCAAAACUAUACCUGCUGUGGAAUCUUACAAUUUUCUGUUUAAUUAAGUCGGAAGAAAUGGAUAGUUUGAGCUGUAGAAAGGUCAGGCAGCAGCCUGGGACUGAAGUUCAGGUCAGGUGGAUUUGGACUCUGGUUCUGAGAUAUCAGAACUGGGGUCAGAGCGAGUCUCCAGGACUGUAAACUCGGGCCUGAUUCACACUGAGAACACUUUAGAACAUGUCAGAUGAUUUAAUUUCAGUCUGCCGAAAUCAUGGCCAAAGGUUUGAACCCUAGAAAUCUGUUUUUUUUUUUUGUUUGUUUAAUUCACAUUUACUGUGAAAAAAAAAAUCUUUUUUUUUGUUGGGCAAUUUUUGGUCAAAUCCUAAUAUUCUUUAUUCUAUAUAUUCUUUUAGUGAUGAAACAUGUCACUCAGACCUGCCAGAAUUUCAUGUUUUUGUUUAGUUUUUUUGUUUAGGUUUUUU